CCGGUCGUGGCCACCUUCGAUCCGUCAGCCGUUCAGUCGCCUUCUACUCCUCCUCGGCGCCCGUACAUAAGCCGCCUUAGGUUUAGGUUCUUUUAGUUGUUCGCGAGCGUUGUCAAGGAUACUCCACACGGGGACCGUUCUGUGUGUACCCGCGAGCCGUCCGGUUACCGAAGUAACGCAAAAUACAAAACAGUUUCAGUCUGUACGUCCGUCCGUCCGCAGCAAGGAUCUUCGGCCAGGACAUUCCUAUCCGAUCCCGUGCGAGUGAGUGAGUCGGGACUUUAAACCCCCUCCAAGACCGUGCAUGACCAAUAAUCAUUUGAUUUGGUGAAUACCACGAUUUGGUGUGUGCUGCUCGGAAUCCACGCGGGCAGGAGGCCUUUAAAGGAUAACGAGCCCUCGCCGGAGCUAGACGAGCACGGCGCUCAGAGAGGUCGUGGGCCCCCAGGACAACUCGCAGGACACCCGCAGCCGACCCAAGACACAGACCGCAGUUGACGGUGCCCGGUGCUGGUCGGUGCCGGUCUUGACUCUCUAGUGUUCUACCCCGCGCUUCUAAGAAGAUCUUCGCGUACUCCAUAGUUCAAAGUUGAAGAAAAGUGGUGUCCUAACUUGAAAGUGAUAUUCAAACAAAAUCAAAAAAAAGUUCCAAGUGCUUCAAAAAAAAUCAGAGUGUUUCGCAUCGCUAAUCCAACACGAGAGCAAUAAAACCGUCCAACGUUCCAGGUGUGUCGUGGUCAGUCGUGGGUGCUGCGGCCGGAGACUGCCGCCGUUCACCAGAAGAAAUAAAUUCCUGGUCACGGUGCUAUGAUUUCACCCACCACCCAAUGGCGCCGCAAAACUCCACACUAAUUCACGGAAACGCCACCGCCACCGGUCCGGCCUCAGCGAUUUCCGCCGCCGCCGACGAGGAACUGAGCAGCUACAGCCCGAUCCUGGCCGCUAGGACGAGCCACCGGCGACGACCCGCACCCCCUCCGACGCCAUGCUCCUCCUCUGGGGGAAAAUCGAUCGCUGGGGGUAGUUCCGGUGGGCACCACCACACGAUCCGCGGAGGCACCGAAAAGGGCGCGGUGAAACGCGAAACGGCCGCGAGAUCCUACUACCGGGAUUCCGCCAACGACACUGACGAUGAUACGGCAACCACUACGGAUCCGGGACAUUCGGAGGACGUCAUCUCGUCGGCGCCGACGACGUCCACUUCGGAUGAGGAGGUGGAGAUUCCCAUCUGGAUCCGGGGUGAGCCACGGUUUGUGGCGGGAAUAAACGAGGCGACCACGUGUAACAAUAUCAUCCAGGCGCUGAUCGAUGACGAGCUGCAGAGCGGAAAUUACAAGAAAGAUGUCGCAGUGUCGCGUGAUGUCAACGAUUACGUGAUAACGGAACGAUGGCGUGAGGUGGAGCAGGUCCUGACCGGCGACACACGAAUCCUGUCGAUCUGGAGCGCCUGGGGCGACGCCAAGAACGAGGUACAGUUCCGUCUGAAAAUCAAUAAAGCCAACAUGGAAAGCGCCAAAUCGAGCAAGGAAAGCAAAUCUAAGAAACAGAAGGAAAAAAUUGGACUCAUAAACCGCAUGAUGAGAAAGGUGCUCAAGCAGGGCGAGGCCAUCCAGAACCACCUCUCGAUGAUAAGCCAAAGAUCGGCCGAAAAGCGCAACCAGGACAAGUUCCGCAAGUACGUGAAGAAGCACAACGGCGGCAAAACGGUCAUCAUGGAGAACUUCCUCGAGGACGCCACCACGCUGUACGACAUUUCGAACCCGAGCGACGAAAGCAGCGUCGUCGAUCACUGCAAGUGCAGCACCAAGGACAAGUCCCGUCGGAGCACCUUUCCGAGCAAGCUGUUCUCGGCGGCCAAAAAGCAAAAGGACGUCCUGAAGCCCAAGUACUACGAAUCGUCGGACCAAAUCGAUGCGCUGAAGAACGAGGACGAGCUGCUGCUGGUGAUCGAGCACACCUCGGACAGCGACAGCGGAAUCUUCACGAACAACCAACUCGGCCGGAAGAACACCCUGCCGAAGAAGCCAAACUUUGGCUCGAUGGUCGAAAUCGACAAACUUGCCAAAGAACCGUCCGCCGAGGUGGUGGCCGUUGACAUCGGGACCACCCCGAAGCGCAAGUUCCGCCCCAAGCGUCGGCACAACUCGCUUCGCUCGCGGAACGCAAACCGCCGCAAGCUGGACUACGACAGCGACGACGUGACGCCCCCGAUCGACGACUUUGAAAACAUUAAUCUCGAGUUGCGCAAAGGAACCUUUAACCGGACCUCGUUCCGGUUCGAUCUGAUCCGUCAGGAAAUCUCCACCAAAAUGCAGGAAAUGCAGAACCUGCUCGAGCAGGAAGACGACCUGCUCCGCCGCCUAAAGCUGAAGAGUGCCAAAUUCCAGGCGGAGAACCAAAUCUACCGGUCCCACAUCGGGCUCGACUUUCACGUCGAACGACUCCAGGAAUCGAUCGACAGUUGCGCCAAAGAGAUCAUCGAAAUCGAGCAAGAGCUGCUCCAAACCAAGGCGGAAAUUGAGGAAAAAUCUCCGCUCAUCGACAACCUGAAGGCCCUGCUGGAAGCCCAGGAAGCCAAACAGUUCCGAGGAUUCUACUCCUCGUACUCCCCGUCGGGCUCGACGGCCGACAGCCUGAACGAUUUGUCCUCGUCGACGGCUUUCGACGGUGCAACGGCCCUUCCGUCCACGAGCUCGAAGGCCAGUCUGGCGUCGUCGUCGGCCAAGUCCAGACGGCACAAGGAAACGGAGUUUGUUGACAAUGUUUACGAAUUUUGUGAUAAUAACCAAAGCUUUGUGGUUUAGAGAAGCUUACGAAUACGAAACGAUUAUGAACCUUCCGAAGAAAGAUACGUUUUUUGCUAACGCGCGCGCGGAUUAUAAUGCUCAAAUACUGUUUACGUAUAUUUAACGAAAAAAAGGCAUAUAUAUUUUAACUGUUAUUAUUCUAUAUUAUAUACUCUCUUUUAUUGCGCAUAUCUAUGAUUAAAGUUUACUGAACGCAAAUAUCUAUAUUAAA